CCCGAACGAGACAAGUGACCAUCCUUACCAAGACCUUGAACCGAGACCCGCAAAGUCGACCAAAGCCAACGUUCAAUAUCAGUGAGCCCUAACCUUUGCCUACCAGGACGUAGCCCAUCUGUGUCUUUGUUUCCUACCGUGGAACGACCCAAAUACUCUCAGGAGCACCCCGACCCCAAGGAUCCACUCCUGGUAUCGGAGAUGUCUGGGAGACCACAGACACCCCAGCCAUCCCAAAUCCCCCUGGUUUCACCCGAUGGGUCAAGCCAGGGAGGAAAGAGAAAGGCCCAAGCUACCCCCGAGGUCACGUCCUUUUUCAAGAGAAGGAACUCGAUGCCCGACAGUACCCUCAGGCUCCCUGGAGGCACUAGCCUUCGCCCAGGCUUUGAGUUGAACCCGGAAAACUUCAACUUUGGGCCCACCGGCCUCGACCCCAGAGGUAGUGCUACCAACAGAGUACAUGGUUCCAAGGCUCAGGCAGCUGGUAGCCGUGAGAACGGAGCAAGAUCCAGACCCAGAACCGACCCCAACCCUGCCGAGAUUGUCGACCUCGAGGCAAGAGAGGAACCACCAAACCCAAGCGGUAGCACCUCUCAAGCCAGACCAUCCAUCGACGACGACGAAUUGUUCCUCGCCUGGCUCCACCCCAUGGACGAAGACUUGGAUGACAUCGAGAACGACCAAGCGAACCCUGCGUCGAAGCCAACUCAGGGGUCGCUCACUCCGACCCAGCCCCAAACUCAGACUCCUCCAAAGCAAGUCACUGUCACCCAAGACUGGCGAGACCUGUUCUGGGAUCGCUGGGACAGGGCGAUCAGCACCGAGGACUACAGAGCAGCAGCACAGACCAUUGAUGUUGGAGGCAUGAAUAGCCUGCUUUGGAGCACGGUUACAAGCAAGCUCCAGGGCACAGUCGAGUGCAGAAAGUGCAAGAAGACCUCGAACACCCCAUGGAAGACUGUCAAGCAUGGCAAAGACGAAGUCCACCUGAGAUGCCCACGAAAGGAGGGCACGACUCCGUGCCAAGGACAAAUGACGGCCUUUCAGUUCUGGGCGCACAUGCGCCACGCGACCAGGGAGUUCAGACAAUCAUUCGUGAAGUCCUACACUGACCGGUUCAAAGACCGGUUUCACACCAAGUGUGGUUUUGAAGUGGAUGGCUAUGACAGAG